AUGUCAUUAGAAUCACCUAAAAGUAUCGAGUCGAUACUAGAGCAGUAUACUCACGAGCUUAAGCAGUUGGAAAUACCAAGCGUGCUGACUUUUAGCGAAGUCCGGUCUCCAUAUAUAUCACAAUUGAAAUUAAAUCGAUUGAAAAAUGACUUGCCUAACCUAUUAAUUAACUUGAAUAAUUUUAAAAAUUUUAAGAAUUACGAUAGAUUAAGGAAUACUAUAGUGAGCUUGUCAAAUGAAAUUGAUGAAAAACUUUAUAUAACGAAGUAUCACUUAAAAAAAGAACGGAAAACUCAAUUGGUUGAGGUUAAAGAAGAACCCCAACAAUUACAAGAACCACUACUUAAUGAAGAAGAAGACUUGAAUGAGUUACGUCAAAGACUUAUUUCUGAUAACUCAUACUCCAAUUAUACCACUAAUGAUCAACAAAAUGACUACCACGAAUCUAUACAAGAUGAUUUAUAUAAAGAUUUAACUAGUUUAGCAUCGUCAUUGAAAAAUUCUGCUCUUAGCUUAUCGAAUAAAAUCAUUGAUGAUACUAAAGUGUUGUCGAAAACAUCAGAUAACUUAUACCAAAACGAAAGUUUGAUGAAGGUUGUUGGUGUAAACUUGAAUAAUUAUUUAUUGAAUAAAUCUUCUGGUAAAAUAAGCAUUUGGUUUUUAAUCAAAGUUAUGAUAUCAAUUUUCCUACUUUUCUUAAUAAUGAUUUUAUUAAUUAAGAUACUACCUAAAAUGUGA